AUGUUGGUAUUAACCUUCGAACUGGAUAUGACCUGUGAAGGAUGCGCGAAUGCGGCAAGGAGAGUACUUUCAAAGUUGGGUGAUGAUGUUUCGGACGUACAAAUCAACAUAGCAGCUAAACGUGUCACCGUUACAACAAAAUUACCUGCUGAAACGGUACUUUUGACAUUGAAGAAAACCGGCAGAAAAGCCAAGCUAAUUUCGUAA